AUGUACAGCAUUGGCGACCCAGCAGCCAUGAAACCUAUCUACGGCAUUGGUUCGCCCUUGAGGAAGUCGUCGUGGUAUGACUACUGGGGGGACCCCCGCGUACCAAAUGAUAACCUGUUCUCUGCCCAUGAUCCUUCCUUCCACGCUGCGAUGCGAAGGAAGAUGGCCAAUCUUUAUACAAUGACAACCAUUAAAUCAUACGAGCCCUACGUCAACAACUGCGUACGCGUGCUGCUAGAGCAGUUUGACCGAUUCGCCACAAAGGGUGAAUGGUUCGACCUCCAACACUUCACACAGUGUUAUGCGCUUGACGUGAUUGGGGAAAUAACCUACGGCAACCGAUUCGGCGUUCUAGACUCCGGUGGUCAAGACGUCGAUGGUAUACUAGCGUCGCUCGAGAAUACACUAGCCUUUGCAACACUGGCCGGCAUUGAGCCGAGAUUCCUCCCGCUCUGGUUAUCGUGGUACGGAAACCCAGAGCGUCCCAUCCGGGCGUUCGACACCAGGCAGCAAGAGUUGCGACGAGAGAAGGGGGCAAUCAAUGGUGCAACAGACUUUUACACCAAGUGUGAGGCACUAGGAAACAAGGACCCGGCUGAGUGGGCGAAAUAUCGAGGUUCGACGGCGAUGACUCAAAACGUGGCAGCCGGCAGCGACACAACGAGCAUUGCACUGACAAGCGCAAUUUUCCAUAUCAUCAGCAACCGAGAGAUCUAUCUCAAGCUCAAAGAGGAGAUCCGAACUGCAGAGGAACUAGGCAAGGUGGAUGACCCAAUCACUUUUGACCAGGCGCAGGCGUUGCCUUACCUCGGCAUGUGCAUCAAGGAAGCAAUGAGAAUUCAUCCAUCCACUGGUCUGCCGCUAUGGCGUGUUGUCCCAGAACCAGGAAUGACUAUAUCAGGCUCAUUCUUCCCUGCAGGAGCAAUAGUGGGCAUCAACACUUGGGUAGCCCAUCGUGACCCCCAGGUGUUCGGCCCUGACCCUGAUGUCUUCCGUCCUGAAAGAUGGGACCCCGAAACCAACGACCAGGAGAAGCUGAAGCAAAUGGAGGCCUAUUACAGUAAGGUCACACCGCCCUACCUUGAACGUCCCUCCAUUCUAACGCCACCGUCUUGGGACAGCAGUCUGUACAUGACCAAGAACAGGCGGUAG